AUGGUACGCAGCUUACAAGGGUUAGUUAACUUUGUUUUGAACGAGGUCGCUCUCUGUGGCAGUCAAGGCGCGACCCUAUCCGAUUUUCUACAAGCGAUAGAUGAUUAUUACCGUCCUGCACAUGAUCAGGAUCAGCACUCGCAUCAAAAUGUCGACCGCCGCUUUCAAGGCAAGGUCUGGUCAUGGCUUACGCGCAAUCCAGAGGUUUCAGUGGGCAAAAAUAAAGAGUUUAACCAUCUGACCCUGCAAGACCUGGAGAAGCUGCAAGCGGAGGUGCCCGAGUCUGCAGCAACUGAUGAGCCUGAAGAGAACGGCCAAGAUCCGGGCAUAUCUGACCAACUUCCUCCCGUACCUAUUCCAUCUGCUCCAGAAGUUCGAAUGUUUGUUUCUGAGAAACGGACAUGGCUUGCAGUUACCGGGCAUGAACCCGACGAGACCAGGGUUCCGAGCUCCGAAUAUGGCUUGCUAUCGAUCAUUGCCUCCGCGAAAGCCGAUGGAAUUCCACAGACGGAGCUGAUCCGGCGUAGUGGUCAAGACAAGCGGUCUGUUCCUAAGCGAACCGACGCUUUGCAGCGAAAAGGCUACAUUGAGAAACGCAACAUUCAAGUCCGAGGUUCACGAACCAGCCUUUGCAUCGCCCGCAGGUUCGCGAACGCCGCAACGGAAGAACAAGACGACUCAACGGGCGAGAAACGUGUGAUGAUGGACUUUGAUUCAUUCACCGACAAUUUAUUCAAAACGCUGAAGGAGUUUCGCCUAAUCAGUCGCAAUGACCUCAAGGAAGCUUUAGGGUUUGAAGAUCUCUGGCACUGGAGAAUCCUGUCCCGUGCACUCCGCAAGUUCGAGCGAAUUGGGGUUCUCCAGCGGGUGAGGGCGAAAUCCCAAUACUCAAGAUACCACCCCUGCGUGAGGCUUCUCCGUGAUCCUACUCCGCUCGACCUCGAGAUGUUUCACGAGUACUCCCGAGACGCCCUAAGCCGAAGCAUGGCAGGCGAAGCUGAUAUGGAAGACGAUGAGGAUUUGGGGCCUGGAGGUUCUGCCAAUCAAGGCGACCAAUCUGAAAAUCAGACUGUCAUUCAAGAGAAAGGGCAUGUCGUUGGCGGGGGCAUCUUCGAGAUCGUCGACAAAGCGGGGACCGCGGGAAUCACCAACCUGCAACUCAAUCGCGCUUUGUAUGGCCACUUCUAUAAGAGACCAGCGGAAGCUUUGGUGUCCCGACUCGUCAACUGCUGGCAGAUUUCCCAACCCCCUCAACUUCGUCACUUUUCCAUCGUGCGCGAUACGGACGUCCAAAAGACCAUUCUGUAUUAUGUACAUUACUCUUUCCGCCACUUCGAGAAGCGUGUCGAAAAUGGCACCGCGUUCUGGGAAGCAGUCGUCUGCUCAUCCGACAAGGUCAAGCCCUCCGGCCCUCCUAUCCCAGCAAUCGAUGCCCCCGUCGAUCUGGACGAGCAUGGGCUUCCUCGGACUCUUCCAUUUGGCCUGCAGAAGAAUGGCAACGUGAGCCUAUUUGAAGGUCUCGCAGUUUGUAAGCCAACGGACUACAGCCUGACUAGGAAAGACCCUAUGCCGUUCCUCAAGCCAGAUGGCUCUUACUGUAUUGCAUCUGGAAGCAAACCCCCGCCUGGCUGCACACAAUAUCUCUCCAUCAAACCUCAUGGGGUUGGUCGCCCGAAGGGCUCAUUAAACAAACAACCGAGGGCGCCGAAGAGAAAACGGAUGUAUUCCAUUGAGCCCACAGCUACAUCACCUGAAGCAGGUGAUGUAGCUGUGGCGACCCCGGAAGUGGAAGAAGGUGGAGAGUGUACUCGCGUCCGCGACUCGGAAGCCACCAUUCCUGCUCGGAAAAAAGGUAAAUGGGCACAUAUCGCACACUUGCCUCAAAAAGAGCGUUUCGAGGCCAUGGGGAUGGAUGAAAGUUGGACGGAGUACAGCGCUUUGGUCAUGGACAAACCGACGCCUGGCGUGAUUGCUAUCUUCAAAUCUCCCAAGCUGGCUGAGCUCCCGUGGUUCACCAGCGAUGAGGACAACCCGAGUGGUGAUGAGAGAGAGGCGCAAAUGCCAGACAGAGACGUUAUGUCUGAUGCCCCUCGAAUCGAAUCGACUGCUGCUCCUCGCAGACGAUCUGUCUCGAAGCGCCCCGUGUCACCUGGGUCGUCCGGGACUGGAGCUGAAGCUGAGGGCCGCCUGGUGCAGAACCAAAGAAGGAAGUCUGUACCAGAGAUGACUGAGACCCCAGAUUCCACAGACGCACCAACUACUUCAAAGCGUAGGGGAGGUGCUCGUACCGCCAAAGCUGCCGCAAAUGCCGCUGCAACAGAUUCCCAGGCUUCGGUCUCGUUGCGUCUUGCAACCUCCCCUCAACCGAGCAGCCCAGCCAACGGAAAGAGCGCACGGACGCAUUCACUUGAUGAGCCUGAUGAGGGAAGUAAUAAGCGUCGCCGCGUGAAGCCAUCGAUGAAUCCAGCCGCAAGUUUAGCAGGGAAAGGUGAUGCAAGCCAGCUCAUGCCCCCUCCACCUCCAAAGGCGGACACUCCGAAACAAAAAUCUCCGUCAGUGCGAGGUAUACCAUCUAUCGGGCGUAAACCCGCAAAGCGAGCAUCAUCUGCUUCUACACGGCCACAUGGAUUGACCGAGAGGAGUGGAACAGUCAAUAUCCUGCGACGAAAUAUAGUCAUGGAAAUUGUCGAAGCGGCAGGUGGUGCAUACCCUGCAGGUAAUGAAAUUUGGUAUCCGUUCACAUCAAAAUGGUCCGAGUUGAAUUACAAGGAGAGACCAGAUACAAGAACCAUAAGGGUGGCAGUCAAGCAGCUUGUUGAUUCUGGGAAACUCCGAAGAAUGACAUUUAGCGGCAAGGAUCCGAAAGGCGUCAUGGUCACAAAGGACCUUUUACUGAAGCCCGACAUGUCUACCGACGAUCCGAUUGUCAAGGAGAUGCAGGAGAAGCUCCUGUCAUAUGACCGCGUAGAUGCAAGCCAUAUUUUCUCUCCACAGGUUCCCACAAGCGCGCCCAUGCGGAAGAACACACGACAUGCCGACAGCCCGCUGAAGGGAGGCCAAAUUAAGAAAGUGUUACCUGUGAUCUCCCACGCCACUGUCCAAAUACAAAGGAAGCCUGCAUUUGUUCUCAUUGAAGAGAAGCGCAAAGCACAGAGACUGGAGCGGGAGCUUCAAAAGCGGUUGGCCAUGGAAAUGGAAGGUUAUGCCAUUUUUGAAGCGCAAGGGUCCGGCGUCCGGCGUCUCAUGAGCCUGAACCGUCCGAUUGGAAUGGGCCUUAAUACGUGGAGAUACCAAGACAACCCUGCCAUUUCCAGGCGUCUGAACAAGACAAUGACGACCAUUGGGCCUAUGGCCAUGAUGAUGAAUCCCGAUCAGGUCUUCGACCCGACCAACGGAACAUUCGGCACGAGGGCUGUCAUGAGCGAAAAACGGAAAGGCAAAAAGGCCAAAUUCUUUACCUCGUCUGAUCCAGAAGCUGCCAUGGAUGACUUGCUGGGUCUUAUCGAGACAAUUCAUGGCAAGGCACAGCCGAAUAGCUCCAACCCAGAAGACGCAGCCGCGGAGCGAAAUUACACCUUUUUCCAGACCGUUGAUAAGGUUUCCAAAUGGGAAGUCUUCUAUGAAGACGUCUUUAAUGCGGAUCUGAAUGGUAUGCCUUUUAUUGACCUCACAGUUGAUCCAAGGUGCUUCCAGGCAGCUCCGAUUGAACCGCGCUCUCGCUUCUACGCUAGUGGGAAGUACCGGACUAUUCUUCCCGCCAAUGCAACAUAUGGUGGGCAAUUCGAAUUCUCGGCCAACAUCCAAACCAGCGAUGGUUAUCAGAUUCAAGAAAGCUGGCCGGCCCCCCGUCGCCCUCGGGUCCUUGCCACGCUCCCCGAUAGUACAAUCCGGAAGUUCAUGGUGGCUAUCGUUGUUGUCCGAACGCUCGCUGGUGGAAACGAAGGGAAAACAGUCGAGUGGGAGCUAGUGCAGAAGGCUUUCCCCAAAGCUGACUUGGAAUUUGUCCAGGUGCAUGGAAAAUCCAUCAUUGCCCGGAACCGGAUGGAGAUUCUGAAGAUGCAGCGUGACUUCCAAGAGCUGUUCCUCGAGGCCUACGAAAAGGAUGCCGUACCCCCUAUCGACUACGAUGAUCUCCCGGGAUACGACUGGUCAACCGUGGUCGAGUGGGCGACCAUCGAAUUGGAGUUUUCCACAUCAGAGAAAGCACCCACUCUCCCCGCAACCCGCAAACAAUUCGACAGUGUGUUCCAACUACGGGAAGAUGUGACAGAUGUCAGUCACGAACUGUUCUUCACCGGAACCGGCACCACCAUUCUGAACAAACGCCAUCUAAUGACCCGCAUCCCGUUCGUUGUGGAACAGCCCCGUAAACCCGUACCUCAACAGAAACAAAAUGUGGCUAAUCUCGAGGUCGCUAAGACUUGGGUCCGCGCCAACGUCCUGACGCCAGACGAUCGUACAAACAAGGGCCGCCCCAUUCCCGGCCGCAACUACACCACCCAUGACGCUUUCACGCGCGCAUUGGAGCGCCGCGGUGCUAUUGACAGCGAACAGCUGCGCCAAGCAGCGGCCUUCAAGGCAAAUGUCCUCGACCCCGCGUUCCAGAAAGGCGAGACAAUCAAAAUUAGCUACCAUGCCAGCGACGGGGAUUCGCUGGCGGUCGAGGAACUUAUCGCCCACAACCGUGUGGAAGUCGUCCCUGUUGAUCCUCCCCGGUUGAAAUUCGGCCUCACAGAUGGCGGGUACUUGACUCGGCAGAUGGAUAAGAAUAGGCUCCGUUUCGACCUUGAGGUUCAUCCGCUUCCGACAUACUAUUGGGGAAAUCCCAUUCAAGAGGCGGUUUCAAAUACUCCGCCGCCUGUGCCUCAGGCGGAUCGCAAGAUACCGCUCUGGUUUGACAUCCAUGGCUGUUUGCUGCGGGAAAUGUGGGAGAAAUGCGUGGCCCUCGUCAUCGGUGCUGUGCUCCUUCGGCCGGGCGUUGAUGCUCAAAACAUCGCUGCUAUGAUUAAGCCUACACUUUCCGCGUGGGAGAUCUCAUUGCUGCUGGAGGAGUGGAUGGUGAAGGUUGGGGCUGUGCGUCGUUGUGGAGAGGGGGACGAGGCUCGCUGGACUACCACGGAGUCUUGGUGGUAUGUGCUUGCCGGGGGGUAA